UGCGUUGAAGUGCUUGUGGAAGUUGGCGAUUUCCUGUGCACAAAAGACACAAUUCGUCAUCGGUACGAGUGCGAAAGAACAAGCCGCACGACUUGAAUCGAUGGCGUCGGAUUUACCGGAAAAUGCACUUAAAAGCAGUUUGAAGAAGAAGGAAAUGACCCAAGUCGGAAAGAACAAGUCACCCCAAAAGGUACGGUUCGACUUGGCCACCGUGUACCAUUUCCCCAGGAAUCAAGGAUUCAUCAGUGUACCUUCAAGGGGUGGCAGUACACUGGGCAUGUCGGCGGUUCACUCGGACGAGGAGAGCUUCUCCUUCUCGGAUUGCGAAGCGGUUGACGAGGAUGAGCCGCGGUGCAAGUCCAUCCAGCCCGUGCCUGCCCGGGAAAGGAGGUGCGUGCUGAAAUCGGCCGGAAUCGACACCAUUGAUCCCGAGGAGGGAAGGAACUGCCAGAAAAUCAGGGUGAGCAGGAGACGCUGCGGGUGCGCUUGCAAAAAGGGAUGCGACCCCGAAAGGUGCCCGUGCAGUCGGUCCAACGUUGAGUGCCAGGUGAACGGAAAAGGCUUUCCGUGCAGCUGUACGAGCGACGGCUGUGCCAAUAAAAGCGGCCGAGCCGAGUUCGACCCGGUGAGCGUGCACAUACACUACACCACCGUAAGGAUGGAGAUGAUGAAGCUCGAGGGAAAGCAAGACGAGGAAAAACAGCGGCAAGAGAGCGAGGAGGAGGAGGAGGAGGAGUCUCCCCCGCCUCCCAGGGCAAAAUCACCACCAGCUCGAAGACCCGUUACUCGCUCCACGAGCAAGCAGAGCAACCCGGCAGUGGCCACGACGCUCCGUCGUUCACCUAGACUGAAUAAAGAUCUGUGCACCCCCGAAUCAGGAUUAGACUAUUGUUGGCUGACCAAUUCGACAAAUUCGAUGCGGGCCAUCUAAUGAAAUCCAUACGCCAACACUGCGUUGUAUUUAUUUUGACUAACAGUUCUAGCUCCUUCAUCUUGUCCUUUACAAUACAUGCACGUUAUCGCUCGAUUCAGUGACAAUUGAAUAAUUGUUUAUGUUUUAAAUUCGCAAUAAAAGUCAUUUUUACCCUUA